AUGUACCCGCAUCACAAAAUCAAUAACCCAGAUCAGUAUGAUAAGUUUGUGAACGCCGAAAUCCCAAACAUACAAACGCAUCCCCAGUUGCAUGAACUUGUCGUAAAACACAUGAUUCAUGGCCCUUGUGGCACCCUGCGAAUCAACAGCCCCUGUAUGCAAGGGGAUCCUAAAAAAUGUCGUUUUCAUUAUCCAAGACAAUUUAAUGACCGCACAACACAAGGAGAGGAUGCAUAUCCACUCUACAGAAGACGCAACAACGGGAUAAAAGUCGACGUACGAGGCAGCACUCUAGAUAACAGAUGGGUUGUUCCGUACAACCCAAAGUUACUUGUGAUGUUCAACUGCCAUAUUAAUCUCGAGAUAUGCUCCAGUGUUAAAUCCGUCAAAUAUCUCUUCAAAUACAUUUACAAGGGUCAUGAUAAACAAGUCAUCCAUAUAGAUCCGGAUGGCGAGGACGUUGUUAUCAACGAAAUAAAACGAUUCCAGGAUGCACGCUAUGUAUCGCCUCCCGAGGCAAUGUGGCGGAUUUUUGCCUUCAACCUUUCUCAGAUCUACCCGACUGUUUUAGCAUUACAACUUCACCUCCCUAAAAAUCACACAGUUACAUUUACAGACACCGCCAUAAUCUCUGAAAUAAUACACCGGGAAAGGGAUAAACAUACAAUGCUCACUGCUUUUUUUGAGAAAAAUAGACAGGAACCAGCAGCCCGACAGCAACGGAGAGGUCGAAUUGUUUCCGCAAAUCCAGCUGAAGGAGAACGGUACUACUUACGGCUUCUUUUGACACACAUCCGGGGGCCUACUUCGUUUGAACACCUUCGGAUCGUACAAGGUGUGGAACACCCUACUUUCCGUAAAGCGGCUUUAGAAAACGGGUUAAUUGAAAACGACAACAACUUAUCACUAUGUCUCGAUGAAGCCGCCAUAUUUCAAUUCCCAAAUGCCCUUCGGAGGUUAUUUGCAACCAUAUUGGUCUUCUGUGAACCAGGCGAUGUUCGCAAGCUAUGGGAUGACCAUUUUGACACACUUUCAGAAUACUAUCAAAACCAUUCCGGUAGCAACAAUCACAUCCAAAAUCUGGUCUUACAGGAUCUUAGUUCACACCUACAAUCUAUGGGUAAAGAUUUGGCCGACUAUGACCUCCCAACCAUAGAAAAUGAACACACGCCACUAGACGUAACAGAUCAUGACACACAAGAGGAGUUAAACAUAGUUAUUGACCCGGCCCACUUACAUGCGCAAUACUCCCUCAACUCUGACCAACGGAAUGUGUUUGAUGUAGUGAUGCACUACGUUACACAUGGCGUACCGGCGGUGUUCUUCAUUGACGGCCCAGGUGGAACUGGUAAAACAUUUUUGUACAAGGCAUUGCUCGCUGAGGUCCGUUCACGUGGCCUAAUUGCACUUGCAACAGCUUCAUCAGGCGUCGCGGCAAAUAACAUGCCGGGUGGUAGAACCGCACACUCAAGAUUCAAAAUCCCGAUAAACCUAUGUAACAACUCCAUGUGCAACUUAAAAAAAUAA